CUCUUAAGCUGCCCAUCUUUCUUCUUCGUUCACUUCUAUAUCUUUCAUCAAUUAUAGACAUAGAAUUCUGUGAGAAUGGCCAACGGAAAGCUGUCAGGGCAGGAUGUCGCCCAACACAACUCCAAAGACUCCUGCUGGGUUAUCGUCCAUGGAAAGGCCUAUGACGUGACGGAGUUCCUACCGGAACACCCCGGUGGCCAGAAGAUCAUCCUCAAGUAUGCCGGCAAGGACGCCACCGAAGAGUUCGACCCCAUUCACCCCCCCGACACGCUGGACAAGUAUCUGGACGCGUCGAAGCAUUUGGGCGAGGUGGACAUGAGCACCGUCGAACAGGAGGAGAAGGUGGCGGACCCCGAGGAGACCGAGCGCCAGGAGCGCAUGAAGCUGAUGCCGUCGUUGGCGGCCUGCUACAAUCUGUUGGACUUUGAGGAGGUGGCGCGCAAUGUCAUGAAGAAGACGGCGUGGGCGUAUUAUUCGAGUGGUGCGGAUGACGAGAUUACCAUGCGCGAGAACCACUCCGCCUUCCACAAAAUCUGGUUCCGACCGCGAGUCCUCGUCGACGUCGAGAACGUCGACUACUCCACCACCAUGCUGGGCUCCAAAUGCUCCAUCCCCUUCUACGUGACCGCCACCGCACUCGGCAAGCUGGGCAACCCCGAAGGCGAGGUAGUGUUGACGCGGGCGGCCCACGACCACAACGUCGUGCAGAUGAUCCCGACGCUGGCGUCGUGCUCGUUCGACGACAUCGUCGACGCCAAGCGCGGCGACCAGGUCCAGUGGCUGCAGCUGUACGUCAACCGCAACCGCGACAUCACCCACCGCAUCAUCAAGCACGCCGAAGCCCGCGGCUGCAAGGGCCUCUUCAUCACGGUCGACGCGCCCCAGCUCGGCCGCCGCGAGAAGGACAUGCGCUCCAAGUUCUCCGACACGGGCUCCAGCGUCCAAGCCGACAGCGGCGACGACGUCGACCGCUCCCAGGGCGCCGCCCGCGCCAUCUCCUCCUUCAUCGACCCCUCCCUCUCCUGGAAAGACAUCGCCUGGUUCCAAUCCGUCACCUCCAUGCCCAUCAUCCUCAAGGGCGUCCAGCGCGUCGAAGACGUCCUCCUCGCCGUCGAGCACGGCGUCGCCGGCGUCGUCCUCUCCAACCACGGCGGCCGUCAGCUCGACACCGCCCGCUCGGGCAUCGAAGUCCUCGCCGAGGUCAUGCCCGUCCUGCGCGAGCGCGGCUGGGACAGCAAAAUCGAGAUCUACAUCGACGGCGGCGUCCGUCGCGCCACGGACAUCUUGAAAGCACUGUGCCUCGGCGCCCGCGGCGUCGGCAUCGGCCGGCCCUUCCUCUACGCCAUGUCGGCCUACGGCCAGCCGGGCGUCGACAAGGCCAUGCAGCUGCUCAAGGACGAAAUGGAGAUGAACAUGCGGCUGAUCGGCGCGCGCUCCAUCGCCGAGCUGAACCCUAGCUUCCUCGACACGCGCGGCUUAACCGGUGGCCAUAGUGCGGCUGUGCCGUCUGAUACUUUGAGCUUGAGGGCUUAUGAUCCACUGCAGGGGCCGCGGUUUAGCGAGAAGCCGAAGCUCUAGUCUUCCUUUCUCCUUUCCUUCUCCUUUCUUUGUUGUCUCUUUGUAUAAUGUUGUUUUAUGAUGACUGUUUAAAUCACAUGCCUGUCACCUGAGUUGUUUGAUUGGCGAUACCCUUGUGUAUAUAUGAGAAAGGUACGAUUGGUUGAUAGACUACAAUUACAAUGUAUUUGUCUUCAC